CCCGCCCGCCCGGCAGUGACGCGGUGCCUUCGCAGGGAGGAGCCUCCGCCCUCCCUCCCGCCAUCGCCAAACUUUCCCGGGGACCCGGCCGGCGCCGCCGCCUCCCCGGCACAUGGCACCGCCACCUCGGCACUGAGCACCGCCAGCACCCCCGGCCGGGCCACGCCACCGCAGGGAACGGGGACACCGCCGCUGUCACCGCCGCUGUCACCGCCACCCAUCGCGGGGCUCUGGGGAGGACGGGGCAGAGCGGCGAGCGGCGGCCGGAGGCAGCGGAGCCGGUGGCCAUGUGCCCGCGGUCGCGGCGGGGCGAUGAAGCUGCGAUGAGCACGGCGGGCGGGGGCGGCCUGCGGCCCUGGAAGCCCGACCCGGGGCAGGCGGGCGGGGGGCGGCCCGGGCCGGGGCCGGGGCUGCCGCUGACCCUCAGCGUGCUGGCCUGGCUGGGCACCGGCACCACCAUGGCCGGCCUCAACAAGUGGAUCUUCGCGGCGCACGGGUUCCGCUACCCGCUGCUGCUCUCGGCGCUGCACAUGCUGUCCGGCGUGGCCGUGGGCUACCCGCUGGGCUGGGCACGGCCCCCGGGCCCCCGGCCCCGCGCCAGGAUCUACCUGCUCAGCCUCACCUUCUGCACCAGCGUGGCCCUGGGCAACCUGGGCCUGAGCUACGUGCAGCUGGACGUGGCCCAGGCCGUGGCCACCACCACGCCGCUGGUGACGCUGGUGCUGGGGGUGCUGUGGGGCCGGCGGCCGCACCCGCUGCAGUUCUGGGCCAUGGGGCCGGUGUGUGCCGGGGCCGCCUGCAGCAUCGCCGGCGGGCUCUGCUUCUCCCAGCCCGGCUGCGGCUUCCUCCUGGCCGCCACCGUGCUCCGCGCCCUCAAGUCCAUCCAGCAGAGUGUGCUGCUACAGGAGGAUGGUCUGGACGCGCUGUCCCUGCUCGGCCUGACGUCCCUGCCCAGCUUCGUGCUGCUGUUUGGGGCAGCCGUGGCGCUGGAGUUGGGCCCCUCGUGGCAGGGCGUCCUUCGCCCCGACGCCGCGCUCUGGGGCUGCGUCCUGCUCAGCUGCCUGGGCUCCGUGCUCUACAACCUGGCCACCUCCUGCCUCCUAUCCCUCACCUCGGCCCUCACGUUGCACCUCCUGGGCAGCCUCACCGUGGUGGGCAACCUGCUGCUGUCACGACUGCUGUUUGGCACACGGCUGGGCGCGCUGGGCUACGCUGGCGUGGCGCUGACGCUGGCGGGGAUGGUGCUGUACCACCAGCCCCGGCUCCUGGCCGCCUGCUGGGGCCUGCGUGGGCUGCGGCGGCACCCACGCCACGAGUAGGGACCCGUGGAGGGGGUUGGGGCCAGGAGGGCUCUGGGGCAGUGCUGUGCCAGUGUGUGUGAGUCUGCACAUGCUGUGCCUGUGACUCUGUGUAUGUGUGUCAGUGUGCACGGCUCUGUGUGCACACAGGAGCACACACGUGUCAGUGUGCAUGGAUCUGUGUGCAUACACAGGAGCACACACAUGUCAGUGUGCAUGGCUCUGUGUGCACACAGGAGCACACACAUGUCAGUGUGCAUGGCUCUGUGUGCCCACACAGGAGCACACACGUGUCAGUGUGCAUGGCUCUGUGUGCCCACACAGGAGCACACACGUGUCAGUGUGCAUGGCUCUGUGUGCACACACAGGAGCACACAUGUGUCAGUGUGCACGGCUCUGUGUGCACACAGGAGCACACAAGUGUCUGUGCACGGCUCUGUGUGCACACAGGAGCACACACGUGUCAGUGUGC